AUGGUAUCCUUUCGCUUUCCGUUCUCGUUUUCUCCGACGCCGGCGCCACCUGUGCCGGGCGCCGCUAAUGCCUCCUCCCGCCGAAUCUCCCGCGCCGCUGUUUCUAUCGCCGCCGCAAUAUCAGUCGCCGGAGCCAGCAUUGCAGUUGUCUCCCAAAACCCCAAUGGCCAAUUUCUCCAGAACACGCUGAAUUUCUUCGUUUCCAGAGGAACUGGGAAUCCUCCGACGUGGGGCUCGCUUUCUAUCGCCGGAGAUUCGUCUCCGGUGACCGAAUCGAGGACAGGAGUGUCAUUUCCUGCUGUUCUUAAGGAUUCCCAGCGGCUCCUGGGUGUUGGAUUGCGGCGAAAAGCUGUUCUAGGGUUGAAAAAUAUUGAUGUUUAUGCUUUUGGUGUAUAUGCUGAUGAUGCUGAUGUAAAGAGUUGCCUUAGUGAGAAAUAUGGAGAUUUUUCAGCUUCCGAGUUGAAAGGGAAAGAAAAUUUGAAAGAUGAUCUUAUGGAGUGUGAUGCAAGCAUGACUAUUAGGCUUCAAAUAGUGUAUGGCAGACUGAGCAUUCGGUCCGUUCGAAGUGCUUUUGAAGAGUCGGUUGGUAUGAGAUUACAGAAAUUUGGCGGGUCGGAUAAUAAAGAUUUGCUGCAAAGGUUCACCUCCCAAUUCAAAGAUGAAUAUAAAAUACCUAAAGGUUCGAUCAUUGAUCUGUCUAAGGAGCAGGGCUAUGUUCUUCGCACGAUGAGUAAGAUUUUUCUUCAGUAA